GGCAAGGUACAUCGCCAUCUAGUGUCGAACUUCCAACCUUGAUUAUUAGGACUAGUUACUGGCACAUGUCGUCCCCCAUUGGGGAUACAGCCAUAAGGAAAGGAAGGAGGAUCUUUUUACUUUGUUCCUCUGUGGUGAUGUAGUCAUCCUAACUUAACCUUAUCUAACACUUGCACUUGACAGUAUGAAAAGUGGUUUGUGGUAUGAGAUGUUCAACGUGUCAUACGGAUAAGUUUGUGGAAAUAUUCAUAAUUAGUACAUAAAUUGUAACAAAAAUGGAUAUUGAAACUGAAAAAGUUAUUGAGUCAGUAUUUCCAGAUGGUAUACCAGAAUCAUGGAAAGAGAACCCAGAUUUUUAUCAAUACUUAAUCAAACUUGGCGGCUUCGAUAUUGACCAAUUAAAUAAAGAACCAGAUCAUCUAACCGAUGAAAAGAAUUCUGUGCUGCAACAAACACAAGAAUUAGCAUUUUCGAAUUAUAAGACUUUUAUUAGAACAGCAGAGAGUUCAAGAGAAAUUUUUCAACAGUUUAAUGAAACUGAGAAACGUCUAGAUGGACUUGCACAAAAUUUACCAGUGUUUGUUAGUAAGUGUCAAUCAUUUUGUGAUGCCUCAAAGGAUAUUAAUACUCAUCGACGACUAAAUAGUUUGACAUUAACACGAAAUGCUGAGCUUCUUGAGAUUCUUGAAAUGCCACAACUUAUGGAAUCUUGUUUAAGAAGUAAUCAAUAUAACGAGGCUUUGGAAUUAUCCCAAUAUGCGAGACAACUUGGUACAAAACAUGGAGACAUUCCCAUUAUUGCGUCUAUAGUGUCUGAAAUAGAAAAUAGUUGGUCAGGUAUGGUGGGACAGGUAGUAAGCUCUCUUAGAGGAGACUUGCCACUUCCAAGGUGUCUGCAACUUGUAGGACUAUUACGUUCAAUGGAUGCCUUUACAGAGCCUGAACUUCGAAUAAAAUUUCUUCAAGCGCGUGAUAGUUGGUUUCAAGGUUUACUGAGCACAAUUCCAAAAGAAGAUCCUAAUCUACAUUUAACAAAGACCAUUGAACUAUCCCGGAUACACCUGUUUAAUAUAAUAACACAAUUCAAAGCAAUGUUCAAUGAUGAUGACCAUAUAAUCACAAGCCGUGAUGUAACAAUAAAUGAAUCAGCUAUAUUUUAUCACUGGCUGGAAGAGAAAAUAUCGCAAUUCCUCACUACGUUAGAGCAUGACUUGCCAGGAGUAACGUCCAUUGACUCAAUUCUUGGACAAUGUACGUAUUUUGGUUUAUCAUUUGGCCGAGUGGGAGCUGAUUUUACAGGACGUAUGUCUGACAUAUUUGUUCGAGUGAUUGGUGAGAAAUUUAAGACUGGAAUUAUUCGAACUACAAGAAAAUUUGAAAAAGAUAUGGAAACAUUUACUUUAAUCAACAAAGUUCAACGUACUGAUGUCAAAGUUGAAACAUCAGCAAAGUCAGAGAACCCACCGGAACAACUUGUUGAAUUUUAUCCUCUCGCUGAGUAUUGUAAUGGGUUGAUAUCUGCAUUCAAUGAAUUAAGAGUUUGUGCACCCGUUGCAUUAUCAGAAACUUGUAUGCGCCUAUUAGAAGAUUCGUUAAAUAGUGUAGCAAAAGCUAUGCUACUAUUUUACAAACAGGAACAACAAGCCUUUACCGCUGCUGAAAGAGAAAAUAUGAUCAAAUUUGCAGAAUGCUUGAGUAAGCAAUUAGUUCCCUAUGUGCAGUAUUCCAUACAUGCUAUUUUUCCUCCAAGUCAAGUAUCUGUAUAUUUGGGUAUUUCAGUGGGACAAUUACAAAAAGAGGGUGUUACAUAUUUGGAUCAAAAGUUCAUCGUCGAACCUCUGGCUCUCCUGUUACCAAUUAGAACUAUAGCAAGAGAAUCAUUUUUGCCUAAGUUUGCUCCAACAGGUAGCUCUAGCACAGAUUCAUCAAAAGAAAUGUCAGCAUCUACUGGCAUUUUAUCAAAAGAGGAUACGACACCACAAACAGAAGUGACUAUUUCGAAAAUGGAAGAGUUAACAAUAUCACAAACUGAAAGAUUGUCUGAGACAAUAACCCAGUCGUCCGAAGAAUCAGUUGUUGAAAGUGCAGAGAUAGAACAGGAUAAUGAAGUUAAAAUAAAUGAUCCAAGCGACAUUUGUUAAAAGUCUUGAAGCUACUAAUAUCAUAAAGCAAAAUUAAACCAAUAGGUUGUACAUUGCUAUUCGUAAUUAAAUAAACUAUAGCUUAUUACUUAUGGGAAUUGACUGGAUGAUGAAAUUUAAUGACAGUAUAACAUUGAAACUUUAAUAUUCAUGAAAUGCCUUUAUUCGAAAUACGCAUGUGAUUAAGUGUUCCAAAAAUGUAUAAUGAAAUGAAUAAGACGUAAAUGUGAAAAUUUCUUCAUCCAUUUUAUAUUUUGUCAAAAGUUCAGCAUCUUUUGUACUGUAAACAUUAUCGUGUUAACAAAUGUUAUACAGAAUUAACGCAGAAUUCAGUUCACAGUGCAUAGUCAUUAAUUAAAAAUUGCAUUCUAGCGAAUAUUAAUAGAAAACAACAUUGCCAAGAUGAUAUACAAAUGCUCCUUGAAGAAAUGAGUGAUCCCGCAAAAAGAACUGAAAUAAUUUGUUCAUAUUUGGUAAAAAAAAAAAAA